AUGGCCCCUCCACAAUACAUUAUCAACGCUCAUGUUUUUGGCGAGACAUAUGUCAACGAAGAAGUUGGUUUCCUGUUUAGAAACACUGAGGUUAAACGAUUUUGUUUAAGCAGAAAAGCAAAUUUCAGUUACUUCAAAGGGAGAUUAGAGACGAAGCUUGCAAUGGGUGGUGUAUCCCAGAUUUUUUACCAAUAUCGAUUUCUUCGUGGGGACAACCCGGUCAAGUUUAUCCAAGUUGAGAUCAAAGACGAUGAAGACAUGCAGAAUAUGUUUGCCAAUCAUGAGUAUUCUGGUUACGAAUGCAUAGAACUGUAUGUUACUCUACCAGAAGUUCAACCCACACAAAUGGUUGAGUCACAAGUCAUUGAUGCACUUAGAGACGAGCAAGCAGAGGUCGACGUUGUAGAUGAAGAAGAAGCACCGGAAAUAGAAGUUGAUAACCUGGUCAACGAGGAAAGUGAAGAUGAACCGGAAGUUGUUGUACCACGAGAUCAAGUGCAUAUGCCUCCAGCGCACAUGAGGAACCUGAAUUUUGAUGGGGAUGACAAACCAUCGACUGAUAUUUUCUAUGAUCCAUACACUCAAACAGAUCAACGGUUAAAAGUAGGAGACAGAUUUCGUUCUAAGGAGGCAUGUAUCAUGGCCAUAAAAAGAUUUCAUAUGACAAACAAUGUUGAUUUUAGAGUUGAUCGCGCCAAUGUCGAAAGGUACAAAAUUUAUUGUAGAAACACUGAUUGUGGAUUCAGGUUGCAUGCAUCAUACAGGAAGAGAAGUGACUCAUGGGUUAUAGGAUAUAUUUCCCAAGAUCACACAUGUGUUAACACAAAUGUUUCACAAGAUCACCGUAAGCUAAGUUAUGACAUCAUUUGUCAAGAAAUCUUGCCUCUAGUUGAAAAAGAUUCAUCGUUAAAGGUGAAAACGAUAAUCUCUCAUAUCGUUGCAACGUAUAACUACACUCCGUCUUAUAGAAAGGCGUGGCUGGCGAAGACCAAGGCGAUCGAAGUUGUGUAUGGAAAUUGGGAGGAUUCGUAUAAACGACUCCCACAUUUCUUAUAUGCGCUUCAAAUUUAUGCUCCUGGAAUUGUUACUAUUUUAGAGACCCUUUCGGCGCAAUCUCCAGACGGAACGUCACUUCAAGGAAAUGUGAUAUUCCACAGGCUCUUCUGGGCUUUCCGCCCAUGUGUACAAGGAUUUUCAUAUUGCAAACCAGUUCUUCAAAUAGAUGUUACUUGGUUGUACGGAAAAUAUAAAGGCACCAUGUUGAUGGCUGUGGCUCAAGACGGAAAUAGUAACAUCUUUCCUGUUGCUUUCGCUCUUGUGGAAGGAGAAACUACUGGAGGCAGAUGGGUAGACAAUCUUGCUAGAGAGAAAUGGACCAGAUCAUACGACAACGGGAAGCGAUGGGGGCACAUGACUACGAAUCUUGUGGAGUCUAUGAACGGGGUGUUUAAGGGCAUCAGACACCUUCCGAUUACUGCCUUGGUGGAAGCAACAUACUAUAGGAUGGCUUCUCUUUUCGCAAGAAGAGAUUUUGGACCACCUUUAGAGUCUGGAUCACUUCCAGAGUCUGGGUCACCUCCAGAGUCUGUGUCGGAGUCACCUUCAGAGUUGCCUUCAGAUUUUGAUUCUCCUUCAGAAUCAGAAUCAUUUUCUGAUUCUCAUUCAUCUUCAUAA